AUGGAGACAACACAGACCUCGCUUGUGGUUCUCAACCAGGGGCAGUUCUGCUUCCCAGGGGACAUGAGACAGUACGUGAGGAUACUUUUGAUUGUCACAAUUGGGAGCAGCUACCAGCAUGUUCUUGUUUCCAUAUCAUUGACUUUGACUCACCCUCUGCACUACAACGUGCUCACGAGUCCCCGUGGCUGUGCCUGUCUGGUGGCCUGGUCCUGGGUUGGAGGCUCAGUCAUGGGGCUGGUGGUGACAUCAGCCAUUUUCCAACUCACCUUCUGUGGCUCUAAUGUGAUCCAUCAUUUUGUCUGCCAUGUGCUACCUCUCCUGAAGUUGGCCUGUGGGGACAAUGUCUACACAGUGGCCACGAGUGUGGUCCUAGUGUGUAUCAUGGCCCUGCUGGGCUGCUGUCUCCUCAUCCUCCUCUCUUACGCCUUCAUUGUGGCCGCCAUCUUGAGGAUCCCCUCUGCUGAGGGCCGGCACAAGGCCUUCUCCACCUGUGCGUCCCACCUCACCGUGGUGGUUGUGCACUAUGGCUUCGCCUCCGUCAUCUACCUCAAGCCCAAGAUUCCCCAGUCUCUGGAAGGAGACACGCUGAUGGGCAUCACCUACACGGUCCUCACUCCAUUCCUCAGCCCCAUCAUCUUCAGUCUCAGGAACAAGGAGCUGAAGAAUGCCUUGAAGAAGACCUUCCUCAACAAGCUCUACCCAGAAAAAAUGUGA